AUGGGUUCCGACCCCCAGUAUGCGAAAUGGCCUGCCCUACCUCUAGCCCAGCACGUCUUCACCAUCACAAAUCCCUACGCUACCAAACCCGCCCAACAAGCUGCAGUUAAGAGCUUACAAGAUGGCAUUAACGAGUAUAAGAUGGCCCCUCUGUAUAAGUACCUGGCACAUCCCAUCGACGGCAUUCUGAAUGCUACCGGUGAGACCUCAUCCGCAUCAGCACCUGCACCUGCACCUCAGAGGCCCACCGGCCGGAAACCAAGCGCCGCAGGCAUGGUCGCUAGCAAGAACGUGGGUGCGACGUUACCUUGGGACGAGGAUGUCUACAACAGGUUGAAGGCGGAGAACGACAAGGAGCUAGAGGAGUUCCAGAAGGAGGAGGACGAGGCUGUUGAGCAGGCCGGCGAGACGGAAAUCAUGGCUGCGAAGGGGAAGCGUGCCGAUUUCUUCGCCAAGAUUGGAGAUAAGGACAAGGCGAUAGCAGCCUACGAGGAUGUCUUCGAGAAGACGGGCAUCCUGGGCACCAAGAUUGACCUAGUAUUGGCAAUAAUCCGCAUGGGUCUAUUUUACGGUGACAAGGCUUUGGUAAAGAAGCACGUUGCGCGCGCGAAGACCCUGGUUGAAAGCGGCGGCGACUGGGACCGCCGUAACCGCCUAAAGGCCUACGAGGGCCUGCACCUGUUAACCGUCCGCUCAUAUAACCUCGCUGCGCCCCUUCUCCUCGACUCCCUGUCGACAUUCACCAGUUACGAGCUAUGCACAUACUCCAACCUCGUCGUGUACUCCGUCCUGGCCGGCUCCGUCUCCCUCAAGCGAGUCGACUUCAAGAGCAAGGUCGUCGACGCCCCCGAGAUCAAGGCCAUCCUAGGUGCCGACGGCGAGGACAAGCUUCUCGCUCUUUCCGGUGCCAUCUCCGCCGGCCCCGGAGCCGAAGACGCCGAGAUGGGGGACGCUACUAAGGACACCGUCUCCCCCACGGCGCCUACCAAGAUUACAACGGCCGUCAACCUGACGACGCUCGGCACCGGCUCCGAUCAGCCCGAGGCCGAGCUCGCCGUCGACUUCUCACCCCUCGCCCAGCUCGUCAACAGCCUGUACAACGGCCACUACAAGCUUUUCUUCCAGGCCCUCGCCCUCGUCGAGGAGCAGUUCCUCACCCAGGACCGCUACCUCUACGAGCACAAGGGCUGGUUCAUCCGCGAGAUGCGCCUCCGCGCCUACCAGCAGCUGCUGCAGAGCUACCGCGUCGUCGGGCUCGAGAGCAUGGCCAACGACUUUGGUAUUACCGUCGAUUUCCUAGACCGCGACCUUGCUAAAUUCAUCGCCGCCGGCCGCAUCCCGUGCACCAUCGACCGCGUGACCGGCAAGGGCAUCAUCGAGACGAACCGCCCGGACGACAAGAACAAGCAGUACCAGGACGUAGUCAAGCAGGGCGAUCAGCUUAUUACCAAGCUGCAGAAGUACGGCCAGGCCGUGCGGCUCCGCGGCAGCGAGAGGGCGUGAGAGCGUAAAAAGAAAAAAAGGUGCCACUAGUAGUGUGAGAAGUGCCUAUCCUAACCUAGGUACUUAUUUAAUAAAGACGAAUAGAAGAAGAAGGAAAAGAAAGCCGUCUUAAGAUGGCUCUGUUGUUGGUGAUGAAGACUAAUGUGUGUGCCUGUGCAAUAGACAUUAAUGUAACAAUACUAAAUCCAAAUAUACGCGGGCCGAAAUCCCGUUUUCUAAGCUCACGAUGAGGGGACAUUACGCAGUAAAAAGAAGAUGGAAAUCAAUGAGUGAGGUAGGUAGGAGUAAUUUUAUAAGGUUCGUGAUGCGUAGUGGAGAGUAUCUAUUUAGGUAUAUACCUUAGGUUAGGUAGGUAUCAAAGUCCAAACGCCAUAUCAUACCUAGUAUCCUCCUGUUGAGCCAGAGGUGUAUAAAGUAGGUGCCUUAUAAAGC